CCAUAGCAACGACACGCCGUGCGGUAGCUACACAGCCAGUUUUUGCCCUUUCCGACUCUUUUAUCGCAGAACUUUGUUUUAAACCUUAAUAAAUCAAUAUUUUUGCGCUAUUAGUGAACAACAAUUGAAGAGCUGCUGUUUCUAAGUUGUUCGGGCAAAAGUACAACAGGAGGGUGACACGACACAACAUUGGUGCGCCGAAAAUGCCGUUGCUGGUAACAGACUAUUCUUGGACACAGACAGACUCGACGGUUAUCAUAAGUUUGCCUUUAAAAGGAAGGAAAGUUGAGAAAGUGGAUAUCAUGUCUACAGAAGAAUACCUCAAGGUUCAUUAUCCUCCAUAUCUGUUUGAAGCCUUUCUGUUUGAACCUGUUGAUGAUGACAGAAGCACAGCUAAGGUUGGAAAUGGAGUUGCAAUCAUCAGUUUGUCGAAGAGGACCAAUAAAGUGUGGGAGCAUCUGAUGAUAACUACACAUGAUAAAGAAAAAAAGAAGGAGAUCAGAGAAAGGGCUCUGUUGACAUACCAGGAAAAGCUUUUUUCAGAGUCCAGAUUCAAGGUGGAAAAAAAGCAUGCAGAGAAAAAAUAUGCAUUAGAGAUAAUGAUGAAGCUUGAAAAGGAGGAAAGAGACAGUAUCCAGAAAAUGAAGGACAAUGAGCGAGAGAAAACCACAGCAGAGUUGGCAGCAUGGCAACUGCAACAGAAACAAAAAGCAGAGGAAGAAGCUCAACUCAAACUUCAAAGUCAGAGAGUCAGUCAAAACGAACGCGCCAUGACAGAGAAGAAAUGGACUGAAGGUUCUGUUGGAGGAACUAUCAAACUGGAUAAAAGAGGCAUCAGUGAAGGGAAGAGCGAGAGAACAAAAGCAAACCUGCCUGCUCCAAGACUCACUGGAAACAUUCAAGUCACGUUUAGCCCGCGAGUUUUCCCAACACCUCUCAGGGAAUCAAGAGCGGCAGAGGAGGAAAACUGGCUCAAAAAACAAGCUGAAGCCAGGCGUGCAGUAAACGCAGACGAUAACGAGCUGAAGGACCUGAAAGAAGAGGAGAGGAACCCCGACUGGUUAAAAGACAAAGGAGACAAAUAUUUUGCAACUGAGGACUACAUGAGUGCAGUGAAUGCCUACAGCCUGGCUAUCCGACUCAACAGAAAAAUCCCAGCUCUGUAUUCAAACAGGGCUGCUUGUCAUCUGAAGUUGAAAAAUCUUCACAAGGCCAUUGAGGAUUCCUCUCAGGCGCUUGAUCUGUUGACUCCACCAGUAGUCGCCAAUGCAGCUGCCAGAGCCAGAGCCCAUGUCCGCCGAGGAUCUGCUUUCUGCCAGCUACAGCUCUAUGCAGAAGGGCUACAAGACUACCAAGCUGCUCUAAAGAUUACCCCUCACAACGAAGUGCUGCAGGCAGACACACAGAGAAUCAAAGACAUUAUUCAAGGCACUGACCAUGAGACUCAGUGAAACAGAAUUAUACUAUAUACAUUAUG